AUCCUUCAAAUUUGAAAGUUGUAAACAAGCAAACAGGUUAAUGUUUGGGUUUUGGGCGUGCCGAGCCAAAACAGCCCCUUGAGUCAAUGUUAUAAGCUCCCCCCAACAUGAACUGGGUUCAAUUGGUUAUAUUCGCGUCCCUAACAUGCCAAAGCUGGUCACUAAACUGCACGAUUCCGGCCAUUAUCCGAGGCGCCUGGUUUUCGUGGGAAAACAGGAACAUUCUCACUGAACUGGACCCUUCCACCAUGACCAACAGAGGCACUUGCAUUGAUAUCAGGGACGACUACCAUGUGAAUUACACCAUGGUCUUCCACAGGCAAAGUGAAAACUGUUUCAUUUGCGUGAAAAUUUUAGUGAGAACUGUGAACGUGUUGGAGACAAUGGAAAGUUCUUGCAUCACUCUGCCUGACCAUCAGGAGCCAACGGUCGAGAGGGUUUGCCAACAGUUGGACCCUCAUCAGCAACUAAUCACGCUUUUUUCCGAAAACUAUGUGCCAGUCAAUUGCCGCUCCUCUCUGGAAGGAGUGUGGAAUUUUGCGUACCAGAACAGGUUUAAGUUCACUGGCGAGUGCAGAAAUCCCGACGCCCAAAUCCGCUCCUGCCAAACGGCAGGUUCCCAGUUUCUAAUCACCAACCAGAAGUUCAAUAUCACUUACAAGAAGUGCGAGGGAAUGACUGGGACGUUUGAUGGAGUGGUGGAAUACAGCUGCCUCGGUGACUGGUUUGUGGGCAAAAACCACUACUUUGCUGUGGCCAACACCAAAGAGUCAAGAAAGGACGAAAAGUACAGAUGUUUCCUGAAAAACCGCGACGAUGACUUGUACAUUGGUGUGUCCAUCACGGCGCAAUGCAACACGCUCAAAACAGUGGAAAAGAGCCCAGAGCGUUUGCAUAUUAAACCAGUGAAGUCGGAGAUUGUUGAGCCUGGAUGUCGCCUGCCCCAAAACUUCUCAGGGGACUGGAUAAACACCGCUAACAUUGACGCCGAUGUCUUCAUCAACGAGACCCACAUUAUCGAGACGUACUAUCCGGAUGAAGGCCGAUAUAGAAGGACCAUCUACGUGUGCAAAGAGCAAAAGGAUACUCGCGUUAUGAUGGCGCGAUUAACCGUGGAUGGAUGCCAAAAGGACUAUCUUUGCUUCGAUUUUGUGCCGCAACACCACAAUCUGAUCCGCUACCGAAAGGGAGUGGCAGUGAUUAAGGACGACUUCAGCACAGUUUGCUCUUGGGUUCAGUUCCAGAACAAAGUCAAAUGGCGCUAUGAUUUGUUCUUGAAGAAGAACCCAGUGCCGAUCAAGUGCCCGGUGGCUGGCAAAUUUAACUUCACCCAGAAGGGCGACGUUCCAUUUGAAACCAGAAUCUUAGGUGGAGUGACGCUGAGUCCUCGCCCCAACAUUUACUGCAAGGAGAACAUUUCCGAUUUUUCCGUGUGCGACGACGAGCAGAAGGAAAUUGCCGUCGACGAAAACUACUGCCUUUCAGUGGACCAUAGAGGAAAGCCGGUGGACAUUUACAGUGAUCCCGAUUACAAAAUGAAAUGCAUCGGGUUCUGGAAGGAGAAUCUCAAGUCCUACCUGAUCACCUACGACGAAUUGGACCCUUUUUCGAAGUACCGCUGCUGGAUUUAUCAAAGGGCUGACCUGAACAGGGUGUUGAUGUCUCAAGCCAUUGGCCCGUUUUGCGACUUGAAGCAAACAGUCUACUCGUGGAAUUAUACAGAAGGAGCUACAGUCGCCCUGCAAAUGGAGGAAUAUGAAAGAGAACGCGAUCAGUGCCCGAUGUUUUUCGACGACGGUUCCAACCCCUAUUUGGACCCAGAAGUGCACAUUAUUCAGUUCAACUUUGGCUUUGGAUACUUGAGAGGCAGCGCCUCGCUGCCCAGGAUGGAGAAGGUGCUGCUCUUAACUGGCAUUCUGUCCUUGUAUUGGUUGACACCAAAGUGUGAUUGAUAGGAGAAUUCCUUGUGCCUGUAGAAAUGCUUAUUCCGUCCAUAUUUUUAUAUAGGUAGUUGUGAUUCUAAAUAUCGAAUAAUUUUUAGUCUGUAUGUAUUGUAUUGUAUCGUAAAAGAGUCUGUAAUUCUGACUGUAACGCGGAAGAAACCUCAGUGAAAUCUUUGGAGAUUAGUCCGGGUGUUAUCGCCUAAUGAUUUAAACAGCCAUAAAUAGCUUGUAGUGGCUUAUCGGUUAGCCGCCACGGCUGAUAAUUAGGUAAUUGAACUUUUGUACGACAAAUUAGACUUAUAAGCGAAAUAAACGAGUCUCUGGAGAUAG